AAACAGCCAAUCAGUUACGAGAUGAGUAAGGUAUAAAUAACGUCACACUAACCGCUGCUCCACAUUCUGUAGAGCGUCUACACUGAAGUGUUUGAUUGUUAAGUUUGCUGAAGGUAGAAAAAAAGAAAAUGUCUGGCAGAGGAAAGGCAGUCAGCAAGACUAGAGCUAAGGCCAAGACUCGCUCAUCCAGAGCUGGCCUUCAGUUUCCCGUGGGCCGUGUGCAUCGCCUGUUGCGGAAGGGAAACUACGCCGAACGUGUGGGUGCCGGGGCUCCGGUGUACUUGGCCGCAGUAUUAGAAUACCUUACAGCAGAAAUCCUGGAGCUGGCUGGGAACGCGGCCCGCGACAACAAAAAGACCCGUAUCAUUCCUCGCCACCUACAGCUAGCCGUGCGUAACGAUGAGGAGUUGAACAAGCUGCUGGGGAAAGUCACGAUUGCACAGGGUGGCGUCCUUCCUAAUAUUCAGGCUGUGUUAUUACCAAAAAAGAGCUCUAGUACUGCUCCGACUUCAGGCAAGAAGAGUUCUCAACAAUCUCAAGAAUACUGAAGAAAAUAACGUCACUUCCUUUUGUUCCAAAGGCCCUUUUAAGGGCCACU